AUGACCAUAUCAUAUACCGUAGCUGGACUCACGGAUACGUUGAGUACAGAACAUGAAAAGUAUGCCGAAGCUUUAAACAAUGCUGGAGAUGCAAUGAAAGACGUUCUGACCGUUCUGGAAGAUCCUGGUUUUGAAACCAUGGAAGGAUGGAAGAAAAAAAAGGAAAACAAAGAAGAUGUAGUCUACUCUAAAAGAUUCCCAUUUGGAAAAGUUUUUACUUUAAGGAUAACGCUAGACGCACCACGUGAACAAAUCUUCUCCGAACAUUGGGAUAACUUUGUGGAAACGGCAAAUCUUAACAAAAAUACUUCAUUAGCUGAAAAAAUUGCAAUUCUCAGUCCCCAUGCUGAAGUCGUACAUUAUGCCAUGAAAGAUUCCGGAUUAGUAAAAGGCCGCGACUUUGUAACUAGUAGAAUGUAUCGACGAGUAGACGACGUUGUAUUAGAAGCAGCUAGAAGCUUUGAAACAAAAGAAAUUGAACGAUAUAAAAAGAAGACGAGAGGGAAACUAAUCCUUGGCGGUGGACGUUUUCGUGUGCAUCCUGAAAACCCACAACAAACCAUUGUUGACUACAUGAUAAGCUUAGAUUUCAAUGGACCAGAUCUGACAAAGCCAAUUGUUGAAUCAACAAUAUCAAAAUUCAUCCUGCAAGACGCACAGUGGGCCAAAGAACAUAUCGAGAAAAAAAAGCAAGAAUCAUGA